AUGGCUUUUUCCGCUAAAGAUCACAAAAUAGCAGAAAAAGGUGGAAUUUCCAGUAAUGGAGACUCCACGCUGGAUUCUAGCCAUAAUCCAGGCAACAACGUUUUUACCUAUGCAUCACUUUUUCAAAAUAUCAAGAAUCAGAAGCGAACAACCUUCAACAUUGUUCCAGCUAUCGACAACAACGCCUCCACAACUGGAAGACCUUUGGACUACAACUCAACAUUCGACAUGAACUGCUGCUUCGAUUCCACAAGUCAACGCUAUAAUCGCCAAACUGGAAAGCCCAAAAGUUUCAUUGAAUUUUUGAACAUUCACUUUUCAGAUUGCUUGAACCAACCAAAUCUACCGCAUGAUUACACUUUUAGACGUGGAUCGUCUCUUUCCACUCUCGACUAUACGUUUGCAGGACGUAAUGCUUUCUUCAAAAUGAGUGAUGAUAAUAUCACAUUUUUUUCUCAAGAAUGGACAGACCAUGCCUUGUUAACCAAGACAUACACUACCGGCAUGACUAACUGUGGUAAAGGUGUUUGGCGGGCCAACCCCUUUCUUGCGAAGAACCCUAUCUACGUCAACAAAUUAAACACUGCUAUCUCGAACUACGUUGAAACCAAAUUAGAUCCUAACCUAUCUGCUCAAGAAAAAUGGGACCUGAUUAAGAAGAAAACUAAGCAAGUUACUCAAAGCUUCAGCCGCACUCACUGUUCAUGGAGGAAAGCUAAAAUCAAGAAGCUACAGAGUGAGAGGAACAAUUUGCUACGUAGGUACCGGGAUGAUUCCGUCUGUCUUAAUCUCUUGCUUUCUCCUGUCGAAAAGGAGCUAUCCAAAAUCUAA